AUGGCCGAUGUCACAGCAAUAGAGACACAGACAAGCACUGCCGAACCAACAAGUGUAGUCGGUGAGAGAACAACCGUGGUACAGACAAGUUUGGCUGAUGUCACUACUAAAGACACCCAAACAACCACUGGCCAACUAACAAGUGAGGUUGUUGAGACGACCUCUCUUGCAGCGACAGCUGUUGCUGAUGUCUCUACUACUGAGACACAAACGACCACUUCUCAACGAACUACUGCAGCUGCUGACACAACAGUGGGGGAGACAACUUUGACUGAUGAAACUACCGAGGAGACACAAACAAGUAAAGUAGAACCAAGUAGUACAGCUGCUGUGACAACACUUGUAGAGACAACUUUGGGUGAUGUCACCACUACUGAGACAGGAACAACAUUUUCUCAACCGACUACUGCAUCUUUUGAGACAACUAGAGUAGUAGAGACAACGGUGGCUGAUGUCACAACAACAGAAACACAGACAAUGACUGCCGAACAAACAAGUGUAGUAGGUGAGACAACAACUGUGGUUCAGACAAGUUUGGCUGAUGUCACUACUAAAGACACCCAAAAAACCACUGCCCAACUAACAAGUGAGUUUGUUGAGACAACCUCUCUGGCAGAGACAACCGUGGCUGAUGUCUCUACUACUGAGACACAAACGACCACUUUUCAACCAACUACUGCAGCUGCUGAUACAACAGUGGUAGACACAACUUUGACUGAUGUAACUACAAAGGAGACACAAACAAGUACGCCGGAACCAAGUAGUGCAUCUCCUGUGACAACACUUGUAGAGUCAACUUUGGGUGAUGUCACUACCACAGAGACAGCAACAACAUCUUCUCAACCUACUACUUCAGCUGUUGAGACAACGAUGGCCGAUGUCACAACAAUAGAGACACGGACAACCACCGCCGAAACAACAAGUGUAGUAGGUGAGACAACAACCGUGGUACAGACAGGUUUGGCUGAUGUCACUACUAAAGACACCCAAACAACCACUGGC